AUGAGUUAACCGUUGCCCAUCUCCCUCUCAUCGCCUCCUGCUCCUGUUCCCGCGACCCCCCCCCAGGUGGCCGCCACACACGCCGCACGGCAGUUCACCGACACCGCCAACUUCACCCUGCGAUGCGGCGUGUGCCAGAUCGGCAUCAAGGGCGAGAAGGAGGCGGUGGAGCACGCCAAAGCCACCGGCCACCAGAACUUUGCCGAGUACUGAGGAAAGGGUGAUAGCCCCGGCUGGCUGCCUAAGGGGGGCGCUUCUUGCAUGGCUUCGUACAUGGGUUGCAAGGGUGGUGCAUCCGGUGGGGUGAUUGCUUAUGGCUGCGAGAUGGCUGAAUGCAGUCGUGCGGUGGGGACCAAGGAAGCGAGGAUUACACUGGGACUAAGCCGAGGUGGCUGAUGUGUGCUUAGCGGACGCCGCGUUGUGAACCUUCCAGCUUGCUCCAGUACACGGAAAACAUGCAUUUAGGUACAAUUAUAUGCGGUGGCAUUUCAGAGGUGUAGCCAUGAGGGUUUCAAAGAAUGGGUCAAGGAGCUGCAUGUCCGGACUUUAAUCGGAGGUUGGACGAAUGAAUACGGUACAAAACCCUUGGUUUUUUGGUUUAAGGGUACGCUAAGCCUACAGGAACAGAAAUGUAACCCGUGCUGGUUAAGAAGUAAUCGAUAAGUUGUAAUCGGGACAGCUGCAGUGUCAUGUGGCCUGUCGUACCAGUAAGCAGAAAUUACUGGUGCUGACGAUUUAGAAUACUUGCUGCUACCAUUGCAUGUGCCUGCAGCUAUCAUCGGAUAAAGCUCUCUACCCAGUUGUUACCUAGCUUGCACACUGGUACAGUACCUGGUUGGGAACUCCGAUACUCAGAACUCAGCCUACAACCCUGAAGGGUUAAGCUGCUGUUCAAUCCCGACUUGCCUCACGGCUCUCGCUGGUCCCCAAGGCAGUAGGCAUUCCCUGUAUCCAGGUCGCCACAAUGGCUAGCGCGUCCAGCACGGCGUCAUCGCCGCUUAUGACCCCUGUCAAGAUUGGAGACAUCAAGCUGUCGCACCGUGUUGCCAUGAGCGCCUUGACGCGAUUGCGCAACACGCCCGGCACCGAGCUGCCAAACGACCUGUCCAAGCUGUACUACUCGCAGCGCUCUUCCAAGGGCGGCCUGAUUGUUGCCGAGUGCGGCUACGCUCGGGCUGACGGCCGCGGCUACGUCAGGGCUCCCGGCCUGGCCACCGACGAGCAGGCCUCCGCCUGGCGCCCCGUGACGGAGGAGGUGCACGGCAAGGGGGGAGUGCUGUUCGCGCAGAUCUUCCAUGCAGGCCGCGUGUCCCACAGCAGCCUCAUCGGCGGCGCCACCCCCGUGUCGCCCAGCCCGGUGCAGGCGGCAGGUCAGCUCUACGUGGAGGGCGGUGUGAAGGCGGACUUCCAGCUGCCCCGGGAGCUGUCCACGGAGGAGGUGCAGCAGCUGCCGGCGGCGUUCGCGGCGGCAGCGGAGCGGGCUGUCAAGCUCGGCGGAUUCGACGGUGUUGAGAUCCACGGCGGCAACGGCUACCUGCUGCAGAGCUUCCUCGCCAAGAAGACCAACCGUCGCGAGGACAAGUACGGCGGAUCCAUCGCCAACCGCUCGCGGCUUCUGUUGGAGGUGGUUGACGCCGUGGCGGCGGCCAUCGGGCCGGGUCGUACGGCAGUAAAGAUCCAGCCUGGCGUCACGUUUUCGGAUCUUAUUGAGCCGGAGGAGGAUGUACGGGAGACGGUCGAGUACCUGGGACCUGAGCUCUCCAAGAGGAAUCUGUCGUACGUUUGCCUUUCGUCGCUCAACGGCGAGCCGUACUUCAGGUUCCUGGGUCUGUCCGCCCCCAACGUCAGCUUCGAUGUGUUCCGCACCUUCCGGCCGCUCUUCAGCGGCACCCUCAUGAUCAACGGAGGCAUCAGCGUGGAGCAGGGCGAGCAGUACGUGUCGGAGGGUGUUGCCGACGUGGUGUCGUACGGCCUGCCCUUCAUCGCCAACGCCAACCUGCCGGCGCUGGUGGCGGCGGGGGUGAAGAGCGCGGGGCUGAACCCAGGUGGUUUCGAUGCCAAGAUCUGGUACGGCAAGAACCCCGCCGAGGACGCGGUGGGCUACACGGACUGGCCGCUGGCGGAGCCCUCGCCUGCUGCUGCUACUGCCUGAGCGCCGUGUGAUCAGUACCUGGGUCGCUUACCUGGCACAUGGAAGGGAUCUCACCACGAGUCGGGUCGGGUCGGGAGGAGGGAGCUAGCGGGACCCGCCAGCGAGGCCGGCAGACCUGGUUAACACUGGAGGAUAGCGGAUAGUGGACCCCUGCUUAGCUCCUGCAGCUACUGCCUGCAUGCGUGAGGUGUUAGGCGUUAGGCUGCUUGGUGAGCUGGCGUUGUGUAGUGAUACGAAUUGUGUGCGAUUGAACAAGGAGACCCUCAUUGCGUUCGUAUGCUAUUUGGAACUAUGGAAACUGAAACCGCUGAACGAACUAUUGGAAGGCUGCUAGUGAUUCAUGCAUUGCGUACCUUACUUUGCCUGCUUCUGUGAUCUUUCGUGAAGCGCCGCUUCUGCACAUCUUCUGAUAGAAGAGGUUUACAUAUGCGUUGGUUUGUGACUGGAAUGCGUGAUGGUUCGGGAACAUUUCGAUGGGAAAUCGUAUCGGUCAACGUACGGCUCUAUCGUGAUCAUGUCGCAUUGCAUGUGCGCUCGGCGCCCUUCAUUGUGCAAGGGCAUCUCAUAUUGCCUGCAUCAUUCGAUGCAUUGCGACAUGGUCUUGCCGACGGGUUUUGGGAACGGGUGUUGGAAACAUGACACGUGCAAGAGCUCGUGCGUCUUUCGGUCUGGCUCAACGGUAAUGCUUUCUGCUGCUGCGGCUGCUGCUGAAAUGUCGCUUGCGAGCGGAUUAUCCGAAAGACGUUUGCUUGGACGGCAUUGCUGCCCUCAUUGCACACUGUGCUCAGAGGCGGCGGGCUGUACGAUGGCUGGUGGUAAGUAUGGCAUUGUCUGUCCACAACCACUUCUACCGGUACCCACGUGCUCAGUCUGGAGCAAGGGCCCGCACGUGCACAGCGAAGCGACCCCCGGGUCGUUUCAUCUGUUAGGGUGUGACCAAAUGCGUGAUUGUGGCUUUUACCUCGAGCAACACGGUUGUGUUGGUGCCGCGCCAGCAUG